AUGUUGAUCAUGCUUGCUAUUGAUCGUCGCCGCGUUUUGGCGGCGCCCAGGGACUGGAAGACUUGGGGGUAUGCCGUCACCCACAUGGGCUGCUUGUGCCCACUACACUGCUUCUCCCUCUUCUCCCCGACAAUUCUCCUUGGCAUGGGAUACACCGGAACCACGGCUUAG